GGAAGGCUAGACGAUGCCAUGUUUCUAGCUUUGUUUACACUUACGUUAAUACGUGAGUGGUACCUAUGGUGUAUUAUACACAUGCGUUUGCGCAAGCCAUAAGCAGAUAACUUCUGUUCACCCCACGCGUUUCUAGGUGUCAGUGGCAACAUGCGAGUUCAGCGUUCCUAAAACACGUACUGUUACAGUAUUACCACAUGGACUGGCAAUGGAUAAAAUACUCCUUUUUGCAUUGUGUACAGUACUUUUGGUAUCGUUUGCCUCCACCAGUAUAGGUGAUAUCCUUACCACUCCAAGUAGCAGUGAGUCAUUCAGUCCAGGAGACAUUCGAGUAGUCGGCGCUUUUCAUUCAAACCAAGGUGUUCUUCAAAUUAACACUGGCAAUACAUGGCUGUGGUUUUGUGCCGAUAGUUGGACUCUAGAAAAUGCUGCUGUUGCCUGCCAUCAGCUAGGAUUUUCCUCGCUUGUAGCUAUUAAUCCAGAAAUACAUAUCGGGCCCAGAACAGGAACUCAUUUCAAUGAAAUUGAAGGUUUUACAGCACGCGCUUGCACUGGUCUUGAAGAUCGAUUAGAUAACUGUCCAUCGGCCAAUGUAAAUAUGUGUAAUACGAUAGAAGAUGCAGUUAAGAUAUACUGUAGUGCUGAUUUGCCAGAGAUAAUUCUAGAUAUACGCGUACGAGAUGACAUUGGAAUCUCGGCGCCUACCGACGGUGGUAUCUUAGAACUGUUCUACAAUGGGGCGUGGUACCCAGUAUGCGACGAUGAUUUCGAUGUCCAUGAUGCUCUCAUUGCCUGCGAGCAAUUAGGAUAUGGCGAAGUGAAUACUUGGGGAAUCAAUCAAAAUGUAGGGUCUGGUAAUGAAGAGUUCAUAUUGGACGAUAUCUACUGCCAGGGCUCUGAGCGCGGUAUAUCCGUAUGCAGACAUUCAGGUUUCUUUGUACAUGACUGUACGUCAUCAGAUGGUGUAUGGGUAUCAUGUAGAGGUACAUUUAUUGUCGAUGAAUUUGAAUUCAUGCCAAGCUUAAGCGGAGGUUUGGGCGUGAACGAAGGAAAUCUUCAGGUACGCUAUAAUGGUGAAGCGGUACCUGUAUGUAGUGACAACAUAGGUUGGACAGAAGCCGAUGUCGCAUGCCGAGACAUGGGUUUUGAAGGUGUGGAAAGCAUAUGGAGCCCAACAGCAACAAUUGGCUUCAGUGCGACAGCGUUCACUGUUCUCUACUGCAACGGGGAUGAGUAUACGUUCAUGGCAUGCAAUAAUGAUUGGUUCAAUUCUGCAUUUUUCUAUUGCGGGUCACUGAUGGUGGCAAACAUUAGUUGUAUGAUGAAAAAUUUUGCAGAUUGGGCUGAGGAGGAGCCUGAUUGUAGUAGGUCAGAUUGUCAAAACGGCGGAAUAUGCGUGGACCAUGAAUCCUGGGAUGGCGAAUACCUAUGUAUAUGUGCAAGUGGUUGGCAUGGACCUUCAUGCGAUGAGCCAGAUUCAUAUUCUUCCGAGUAUGUGGAAGUUUAUGUGCAUGCUAGGCUUGUAGAUGGAUAUUCCCUUGACAGCGGUAGAGUAGAAGUGUAUUACAAUGGUCAGUGGGGAACAGUCUGUGAUGAUGGUUGGACUAUGACAAACGCUGAAAUAGUCUGUAGGCAACUAGGAUACAUUGGCGCCGAGCACUUCUACACCAGUCCCGGACACAACGAGUCCAUCAUUUUUAUGGAUGGUGUGGAGUGUAGUGGCUACGAAAGUAAUUUGGCAGAUUGCUACCACGCUGGAUUUAACAACCACGACUGCAGUCACCACGAAGACGUCGGCGUUGAGUGUUACUACAAUGAUUACACCGUUUUAAAAAAUGGAGCUACUCACAUUAUCAUCGUGGCAGUAGUUUGCACAACACUGCUUCCAACAGGUUUGAUAAUAUAUUGUAAAUACAGACACGGUCGAUCAUUGACGCGGGGACGGGUAGCUGUCGCUCCCCAGCAACAAGGGCAUAUGGUACUACCCAUUCAACAACCAACGGUAUAUUCAUUUGAUACUGAUAUUCCUGAACCAGCAAUUUACCAUCUACCAAUGGAAACCGGUGAUGCGUCAACGAGUAAUUCACCGAAUAUUGCGAUACCAAUACGUCUACAAUAAUAAAUGUUAUGUUAUAGAGAUAUUAAUCAGAUUACCAUAAUAGGCCUAACUUAAGUAUAACCAUGUCUAAAUACAUUGAAU